AGUGGGUUUGUGUUACUUGUACAUAUAGUGUCUCGUCCACUGAAAGGUCGAAAGGCCUUAACAAUGAGCUUAAAACCAGUUUAAUAGAUAAAUGAAUAAUUAAAUUAUUGUAUAUAGUGUUAAAUACCGUCUCUUUCGCUCAGUCUUGUUUCUUAAUAGAGCUGGCUUUGUAGAGCUGGGUUCGAUUCCUGGGCGGGGCAUUCGACAGAAAUAUCAUGCGAUUCUAGCCUUUUCCUCGAUUCAGCAGGUUAUAAUAAGUCAAUAAUAGGUUCAUCAGACAUGUUUGUGACACUGAACUUAGAUUUUGUUUAGUUUUCCCGAUAUGUUACCAAAGAGUGUCUUUCUAAAUUAUUUAAAGUGUAUGUGAUUAAAAUGUCCAGAUGGCUUUUGUUGAAGAUUUAAAAGAAUUCAGUCAAAUAUAGAUUAAAAGAAAACUACACAAUUUCAAACAAUAACAUGUAGAUAUAUACAAUUCUGAAUUUACGCCGAAGCAAUAGGGGGAAAUGAUAAGUUUUUCCGGACAGUGGCGGCUUGUAAGUUAGUCUACUACUUCCGGUUCUCGAAAUGAGAAGUUUUUUCAACAUCUGAGUAACUUAUUUGGUCGUCAGCCCAUUUAACAAUUAAAUGGUUAUUUUACCAUGGCAACUAGAGGAAGACGGGGAAGGCCACAGUUGAACCCAGGAUUUGGAAAAGCAGAUACUAAGAAUGGAUCCACUGUCCAUCCGUCGAUCCUUAAACAAGCGAGGAAAAGUGGACAGUUGAACCUCUCUGGUCGUAGCUUCACUGCAGUCCCUGAUGCUGUGUGGAACCUCUAUACAGAUGUGCCUGAUGAGAGUAAAGACGUGUGUCUAGAUAAUUCUGAAGACAGAUGGUGGGACUCUGCUGAGUUGACCAAACUCAUCUUGGCUUCUAACUGGCUUACAUCACUGGCUGAAGACAUCAGUAACUUUGGAGCAUUGACAGUCCUUGAUUUGCAUGAUAAUCGUUUGGAGUCCCUUCCUAAGACACUUGGCAGUUUGAAAAACCUUCAGAAGUUAGACAUAAGCCGAAACAAACUGUUCGAGUUACCAGAAUGCGUCACAGAGGCAGUAAGUUUGAGAGUACUUCACAUGGCUCACAAUCAGAUCACAAGGAUAGACGAACGCAUCGGUAGUCUCAACAACCUGGAAGAUCUGGACAUGUCCAACAACCAAUUGAUGGCACUACCACGGAGAAUAGGUCACCUGUCCAGACUAAGCAAGUUUAAUGCUUCAAACAACAAGAUACAGAGACUACCACCAGAAGUUGGUUCAAUGUUUGGUCUACGGUACUUUGACUUGACACAUAACGAUCUCGGGGUGCUGCCAGAUGAAUUGGGACAACUAUUGUACUUGGAGCAACUCUAUGUACGACACAACCACCUUGCUGACAUCCCAUUACUCAGUCAAUGUAAUAAGCUAAAGGAACUACAUCUAGGUAAUAACCGAAUCCAGCAGAUAACGAUGGACCACCUAGAGUGUCUUAAGUCUGUGACGGUGUUAGAUCUUCGUGACAACCAGCUAGCUGUCCUCCCAGAGGCCAUCACUUUACUAGAAGGACUGGAGAGGCUUGACUUGUCAAACAACAAUCUUCCUGGGCUUCCUUUUACCUUGGGUUUAAUUGUAUCUCUGAAAUCUAUUGUUCUGGAUGGAAACCCUAUGAAAUCUAUCAGACGUGAUAUCAUUAUGAGAGGAACAAUGGAGCUAAAGAAGUAUCUACAGAGUCGUAUAGAUGAACCUAAACCCCCACCAAUCAGCUCCCAGGGGCUGGAAUCUACAGAGGGUCAGUCAGGAAUCAUAGGGGGCUCUGGUGAUGGGGUCAGUGCUCACGACAUGCACACAUCUAAAUUAUUGGAAUACAGUGGGAAGCAAGCUACAGAGGUACCAUUAGAUGUUUGGGCUGUAGCUGAGAAGUCGGGAGUCAUGACUGUAGACAUCAGUAAAAACAAGUUCUCUGAAUUACCUGACAAUCUGAUGCUGCUACAGGACACACUGAAAGUACUCAACCUUGGUUUCAACCGCUUCACUUCUCUCCACCAAGAUAUCAGUCUGUUCAUGAACCUUGUGUCCCUGGAUCUGAGGAACAAUUCUUUGUCAGAGCUGCCUUCGGACAUGGAAUCUCUGGAGAAUAUGAGAGAUGUUUUCUUAUCAUACAAUAGAUUUACCAUCAUUCCUCCGGUGUUGUUUGAGUUGAAGAAGCUAGAGAUACUGUUUAUGGACAAUUGUAAGGUGGACACAGUAGAUGCUGCUGGUGUGUGCUCACUCCCCAGGAUAGGAACUCUAGAUCUACAGAAUAAUAAUAUAUCACAAGUUCCUCCAGAACUGGGCAAUUGUUCUCAACUCAAGAGCUUGCAGCUUGGUGGAAAUCCCUUCAGAAAUCCUAGACCAGCUGUGCUAGCUAAAGGAACGCCAGCACUUUUAGAAUACCUUCGUAACAAAAUAGUUUCAUAAUUCGUGUGUAAUUUCCAGUUUUCAUAAUUGCUUUGUGUUUGAAAAGAAAGAACUGGUCAAGAGUAAAUAGGAUGUGAAAUGACUGAACUGACCAAUCCCAAUCAGCAAAAUUGUUUUGUGCUAAAUUUUAGAAAUAUUUACAAUAUUGAGUCUAGGAGGUUUUACAUCCAGACCAUGUUUGCCCCUUAACUUCCCAGACACAUGUACAAGUUUUGGGUGGAUUUUAUUCUCAUACCGAGGAGAUAGGAACCAUUUCUUCUUAGUGCUUAUAUCUACUUAUUACUGACGUCAAUGGUUUGGAUAUGAUUCAGAUAUCCACAUAUCUAAGUAAACAAGAUUUACUGGAAGUUGUUGAAUAAUGGGUUAUUAUCAUAUAAUGUGCCAACUUGAAGAUGAAUAGAUGUACACGUGUAAGAGAAUUUAUAUAACAUUACUACCCCAAUAUACUGUUGAUUAGAAUAACUUAUGCUUAUAUACUUAAUGUUACUUCCAUUUAGAGCGCUAACCUGUCAUGUUAGAACUUUAUCACAGUUCAGCAUAUUGACAGAAGAGAGGGGCUGCACUGAAUCAGUCUGUAGAGCAUUGACCUACAUUGAGGUGCAUGCUACGACACUCCUUACAACACUUCUUACCCAUGGUGGUUUGUGUUUCUCAGGAAGCUGAGAAACAGACUGGUCUGUACUGAUAUCAUGGUGUUACUCUGGAUGCCUUGCAACAGACAACCUGUAUAUUGUUCAGUGAUGAAGCUACCAACUUCUACACUUUACCCAGCCUUAAAAUGACCCUGACUGUUCAUGGGUAGAAAAGCACACUAAACAUGAUAAAGGACAACUAAAACACAAAUAUGUAUAUCGGGUUACUAAACAAAACAACAUGUGUCCUCAAAUACUGUAUAAAGAGUUGUACUUAUCCUGGUUUAUUGUUUUGUAAAAUUUCAAGUUCUUUAUAUAAUAACAAAUGAAUGUGCUUAAUGAUACAACCGUAGCUUACCGGGUAGCUACUGAAUUGUAGUUUGUGGGCUUCAUACAAACACAAACAAUGAUUACAAUUGGAAGCAACCUUUGGAAUAAAUAACACUUUAUCUUGAUGAGUUGUAUUUUUCAGUCUGAAAAUAGAAUCUUUCUUACUCUCUGUAUGUGUGAGUUGUAAGUGUACUAUUGCUCAAAUGGAGUUCACUCUCAACCAAUAAAUUAAAGCAUAUUUUGCACCAGUGUGUUCAUCAUCUACUUUAUAGUUCACAUUGUUUUACAGUAUUCUGAAGUGUGGUUGUUUGGAUUCACGUGCUUGUUGCUGUUUUGAGUGAUGUGUAAUAUAUAGUUAAGUUUUAAACAUUUUGUAUUCAUUAGGAAAAUGUAUCAGUGUGUGAAAGGAAGAAAAAACCUUUGAGCUUCACUACAAGUAGAAUCUAAGUCUUCAUAGUGUAAAAGGAGAUGUGGCCUGUACAUAGUGUUAAAAAGGUCUCUGUUACUCUGCUGUUGGAGAAUGCUUUUUGACUUAGUUGGUAGAGCUACAGAUUAUAGGCAAGAAACACAAGAUCAAUUGUUUUGGGUCUGUGCAGGAAUUUGUUUUUCCUUUUUCCUCUUACUCUGAUGCUGUGACCCUCUUCUGGUUAUAUCCAGCCAUGUUUGUGUGUUGUGGGUAACUAGACAGUCACAGACUGGAAGGUUUUAGAAUAAGUUUAGUUGGCCUUAUUCCAUGGCAGGUGGAUUGCUUGAUACUGAAAUACAGAUUGGUAAGGUGACCUGGACACUUCACUUCCACAACAGCAUGACCUUGCAUGUUUAGAAAAUCUCGUUUCUUCAAUUCCAUUUUUAGUACAGUAGUUUCUUAUUGAUAGCCGAGUUAAAAGCUUACUGUGGAUUAUUUUUGCAUAUCAAUUACUUUGUAGUUGAGGACAUUGGGGUCAGAGGUUAAUUGUCUAUUCAGUGUACCUUGUACAUAAUGUAGGGGUUUUUUUCACAAUCUGUAAAGUGAAUCUGUGAAUGAUCCAUUCAUUAGGUUUUCAAAUCAGUAAUAAAUGUUUACAUUUGUGUGAUAGAUUGAUAAAGCAAAUGAUGUAUAAGAUUAAAUUUAUAAAUUUUCAAUAAAAUGAUUAUUUAAGGAUUAUUACAAA